CAUCUAUUUGGUUGUUUAGACUCCAAAGUCAAAUUCUCUAUGGUAUUUUCAAUAAAUUCUGGAUUUUGGUCUUGUGAAAAUGAAUAAUAAUUUAUGUAGAAUAUGUUUGGAAAAAGGACUGUUGUCAUCUAUAUUUUUAAAAAACUAUAACAAUAUCUUCAUAAGUGAUAUGGUACAAAUGUGCAGCAAGGUUAUGGUACAACAUAGUGAUGGAUUAUCUGAUCAAAUUUGUAGCAACUGCAUUUACAAGUUGGAAAUUGCAUAUCAUUUUAAGCAAACUAGUGAAAGCUCUGAUUUACAAAUGAGACAACAUUUGGGACUAGAACUGCCUAGAAAAUAUAAAGAUGCCAGUAUAAUGACUGAUCCAAUGGUUCUUCAGAAGACUACAUUAAUAAAGAGAUGUAAUAAAUGUAAGCCAGAGCAAAGAAAACGGUGUCGAAGGAAACCAGAUUCUGAAAAAAUGAGACGUGGCCCCAAACCAAAACCAAAAAAAGUACAUGAAUGUUCUCAAUGCCAUAAAGAAUUCAGAUGUCAGACACAACUUGAUAUGCAUGUUAGAACACAUACUGGGGAUAAGCCAUUUGGUUGUAUGUUUUGUCCUAAACAAUUUUCACAAAAACAUAAUCUCACCAUACAUUUACGUAUACAUACAGGGGAAAAACCAUAUCAAUGCGAAAUGUGCAGCAAAACAUUCUCAACUCAAGGGAAUUUAUCUGUACACUUAAAAACACAUACAGGCCAAAAGGAUCAUAUAUGUGAAGUAUGUAAAAAGGCAUUUGUUACAUCAAGUGAAUUAAAUAGACAUAUGACAAAACAUACUGGAUUUAAAAAAUUUAAAUGUGAUCUAUGUGAUAAAGGAUUUACCCAAAAAAGAGAAUUGGUAAGUUGCUUUAACUGUAAAUGAUUUUUGCUAAUGGUUAGUAUCAAUUAACCAGGAGACAACCUUCUUUUGUCUCAUUUACAGAAACUACACAAAAUGAGAAAACAUACAAUGUCUAAUGAAGCAGAUGAUCAAAGGGAUAAUUUUAAUACAAUAGACAUUGUUAAUGUUGAUGAUGUUAAAAUAUUGCCGUCUACGUCUAAAGAUCCCACACACUGU